ACAAACACUAAUUUUUACGGCUCUAUCAGUGAAAUGUUAACAAAUAUUACAUAAUAUUUGACAACAAUAGAUUAAUGAGAACAUUUCAACACCACUUUACGUAAAAUUUACCUCAUUGUAAUUUUUUUAUUUCGGAAAGUGUAAUGCGCGCAUAGUUAUUCAAUCUGAGCAGAACCUCAGAAUGACUGAGAUAGCGGCGAAUCUUAAGCUUGUGCGGGAAAGAAUUAUUGCUGCUUCCAGCAAGCGGUCGUCGGAAUAUUCUUAUUUUGAGCCUCGACUGGUCGCAGUGAGUAAAACAAAACCUGCAGAAUCAAUCAUUGAUGCUUAUGAAGCAGGUCAAAGGAACUUUGGGGAAAAUUAUGUCAAUGAGUUGGUGGAAAAAGCAAAUCAUCCAGAUAUUCUUGCUAAGUGCAAGGAUAUCCACUGGCACUUUAUUGGUCACCUACAAAAAAAUAAGAUCAACAAAGUCUUGGGCAUUCCAAAUCUGUAUAUGAUUGAGAGUGUAGACAGUGAAAAGCUUGCCACUUCUCUAAAUAAUGCUUGGCCUAAAUUUAGGAUGAGUGAAGACUCAAGGUUAAAAGUUAUGGUACAAGUAAACACUAGUCAAGAAGAAGAAAAGAAUGGUUGUGACGUGAAAGAUGUUUUAUCUUUCACAAAAUAUGUUAUUGAGAAUUGUAAAAACUUGGAAUUCACUGGGCUUAUGACAAUUGGGAUGUUUGGAUAUGAUCUCAACAAUGGUCCUAAUCCAGAUUUCGUUUGCCUUAAACAAUGCAGGGAUGACAUUUGCAAACAGUUAGCCUUGAACCAUGAGAAAGUAGAACUUUCGAUGGGUAUGUCAAAUGAUUAUGAGCACGCUAUUGAGCUCGGUAGUACAAAUGUAAGAGUGGGUAGUGCAAUUUUUGGAGAAAGAGCAAAAAAACCAGCAUCACACAAUUGAAAACUUUUAUAUAAUUAUAAGGAACACAAGAGAAUAUGUGCAAGUAAUCUACUUAAAGACAAGCGUUUAAUAUUCUACAUAAUGUACUUAUAUCGGAUGUACUUUGGAUUUUAUGUACAUAAGGUGAUGACAAGAUGAUAACAUACAACGUCUUAAAUACUAUCUCUGAAAAAUUUACAUAUACGUUUAGCUAUAUGCAUUAACAGCCCACAUUGAUAAGUUAUACUGUGCUGAAUAUAAUAUAUUACAAAGAUAAACGGCAAGAAUAAAUUGUUUUUCACAGAAGUA